AUGUUUGUAUGGGAACCUAAACAUCAAGAGGCUUUCGACAAGAUCAAUGCCUAUUUAACGAGCCCGCCAGUGCUUGUUCCUCCCAGAGCUGGAUUUCCAUUAAAGUUGUAUAUUUCGGCAGCUGAGGCUUCCAUUGGAAGCCUACUCGCUCAGGACGAUGAAGAGGGCAUAGAAUAUGCCAUUUUCUACCUCAGUAGGACACUCACAGAUUGCGAAACGAGGUUUGGCAUCCCAGAGGUGUUGGUGUCGGACAGGGGGGCAGCAUUCAUGGGUGGUGACGUAAAGAAACUCGUCCCUGACUUGGGCAUCCAUUUCAUUCAUAGCACUCCCUAUUAUGCUCAAUCCAAUGGCCAAGCGGAAGCUAGUAACAAGAUCGUCAUUACUUUACUGAAGAAGAUGCUUGUCGAAAACCCUCGCUAG